CGGCAUUCUCAAAACAUUUGCCCUCCUGUGGGAUGUCACAUACACAGACCCAGACUUUCUUGGAGAAAGAAUUCCAUCUUUAGCUUUGAAGAAGCAAAAGCAACCAACUCAAAACCCCCACUUCCUCUAAAAGAAAACGUGGGCAAGCAGAUGCAGAAGGGGAGCAGAGAAAGUCUGAGGGUUCCUGUUGGGGCCAGGGGAGGGGCGAGCCCUACAGGAAACUUGGACAGAGAGCGCUUUGAUCACCCGCCAGCCUGGGAAGCCAAGCCAAAGUCCGGCGGAAAGGGCAUGGGGCGCACGGCCGGCGGGGGGGCCGCUGUCCCUCGCCCUAUCAUCCUGUCCCUCGCCCUAUCAUCCUGUCCCUCGCCCUAUCAUCACUCACCUGCCCUGGGAGGGGUGGAAGCCAGACUUGCAGUCUGCGUCAUGCACAAGGUGGGGCUGCUAGGCCCCUGGGCCCGGGCUUGGAAGUCGGUGCGGAUGGCCAGCUCCGGGAUAACCCGCCGGGACCCGCUCGCGAAUAAGGUGGCCGUCGUAACGGCUUCCACCGACGGAAUCGGCUUGGCCAUCGCCCGGCGUCUGGCCCAGGAUGGGGCCCACGUGGUCAUCAGCAGCCGGAAGCAGGAGAAAGUGGAUCAGGCGGUGGCCAAGCUGCAGGGGGAGGGGUUGAGCGUGACAGGCACCGUGUGCCAUGUGGGAAAAGCCGAGGACCGGGAGCGGCUGGUGACCACGGCUGUGAAGCUUCAUGGAGGUAUCGAUAUCCUAGUCUCCAAUGCUGCUGUCAACCCUGUCUUUAAAAAACUAAUAGAUGUCACUGAGGAGGAGUGGGACAAGGUUCUGCACAUUAAUGUGAAGGCCACAGCCAUGAUGAUAAAUGCAGUGGUGCCAGAAAUGGAGAAACGAGGAGGCGGCUCAGUGGUGAUCGUGUCCUCCAUAGCAGCCUUUCAUCCACCUCCUGGCCUCGGCUCUUACUGCGUUAGUAAAACAGCCUUACUGGGCCUUACCAAGUGUCUGGCCAUAGAGCUGGACCCAAAGAACAUUCGGGUGAACUGCCUAGCACCUGGACUUAUCAGGACUAGCUUCAGCAAGACGCUCUGGGGAGACAAGGAACAAGAGAAAAGGACAAAAGAAACCCUGAAGAUAAGAAGGAUGGGUGAGCCAGAGGAGUGUGCAGGCAUCGUGUCUUUCCUAUGCUCUGAAGAUGCCAGCUACAUCACUGGGGAGACAGUGGUGGUGGGUGGAGGAAGCCCGUCGCGCCUCUGAGAACCCGGAGACAGCCCCCGGGGCAGAGCUGGGCUCUAGCUUCAGGUGCUGUUCCUGCAUUCAUCACUGGCCUUUCCCACCUCUGCCCACCUUACUGUUCACCUCACAAAAUCAGUUCUGCCUGUGACAAGAUCCAGCCUUCCCUGUCAUCAAGGUGGCAUCUUACUCGGGAUUCCUGCUGUUGCUGUGGCCUUGGGUAAAGGUCUCCCCUGAGAACACAGGACAGGCCUGCUGAGAAGGCUGAGUCUACCUUGGCAAAGACCAACAGCUAUUUUUUGCCCAGGCCACUGGGGAAUUUGAGGGGAGAUGCCAGAGAGGGAACAUAGAGUGGAAGGAGCAGAGUUAGAAAUUAACAACUUGCAAAUGAGGCUCAAAUAAAAUGCAGAUGAUUAUACUGGUUUAAAU